AUGCCUUUCUGGGGCAUUAUUGAUACCAACGGAGACAAGUCACUUUAUGCGAGGCUGUUCUUGAGAGGCAAGGCUGGCCGGAAGGACCCUGUUUUCGGACCAGACGAUCAAGGGCGAUACCUUCAGGCUGGCGCAAGUCUCCAAGACAACAGAGCGCCAUUACUCUCAAGACUCGGACUCACGGAAGAAAGCUUUGCGGCUAUCUUAGCCGCUGCUAAGGUCACCAAUGACAAACUUGAUUUGGCUAAUGUCACCACUAUUUAUCGUAUAACUACUUUUUGUCAGAUCCUUGGGAUAAGCCCAAUCUACUUUGAGUCGUUCCAAGCACUACUGGACUCCGAUGAAGCUGUUUUUGUUGCCCCCCACGGUACACUGAGAGUUAUCAAGGAGUUUCAAGAGUGCGCAGAUGCCGGUCUCAGCUCGGAGCAAAUGCUUUUCUUCACAAACAACGACAAAGUCUUGCUCUCGAAGAAUGUCAACUCGGGGCUCUCGAUUCAGCAAAUCGCAAUUGCUGUAUCCGAUAUCAUCACGAGCCUCCAGACUAGCUACGCGGGGCUUCCGACGAUCAAUAGUGACACAACUACAGCUUCUGCAGCCGAUGUCUCCGCCGUUUCAACAAAGAUGUUUGCUCCUGCCACUGUACAGCAAGUAAUGGCGUUUCUUCAAAUGCUCCCCGGAACAGACCUGACAGAUCAGUCAAAGGUGUACAAUGAUAUUCUCCGUCCCUUCUUCAGUGACACAAAAGCAGCCCAUAAAGUCUUUUUUGAGCAGCCAGAACCAAGCGGAACGGAGGAGGAGAAAGCCAUUGCCAAAGAAAAUAACCUUGAAUCUCGACGCGUGUUUUUUUUGAAAGCUGUUAUUGAACCACUUCAAGCCCGGAUUGCCAGUGACACUGUCCUACAGGUGAUCACUCCUCUCUACGUGGAAUCAGACCCCACUGUUCUUGGCCACCUACUCGGGACUAUCAUUGGACAAUCUGAUGAUGAGCCACCACUUGCGAAGGUGGUGGAGAAGAUACUAGGUGAUCUCGGGGCCUCUAAUGAGGCGGCGUUGAAGAAAGGCUCGUCAGAUGUCUUCUUCAUACCAUUGAAUGUCGACCUAUACCGCUUCUUCGUCCCGGACACAAGCUUGGAAAAGGCCCCCAUCGUUACUCUGGAUACGACAGCCCUUGUGUUCAGCAAAGACGUAGGCGGUUGGAUUUCGAACGAGAUACGCCUAUCGAACGGACAAGCGUACAAUCUGCGCCGCUCUAAUGGCGGAUUGACAGAGUGUGCCUAUUCCACUCCGCGAAGUCCUAGACAGGCUUUUCCUUCCAACACUCUACUUGCACACGAUACUAUCACGUACGCCCAAAACUCUCUAAACCUGUUGUCGAGAGCUGCUGGCCUGUGUACCAGCUUCAAGCUGAGCAUUGAUGAGUUGCAGUUCUUCCAGAGUCGGGAAGUAAACACUGAUCUUACGAUCGACUUGGGGAACAUUGACUGGAAAGCUUUGCAGCUAGUGCAACGGUACAGAACUCUUUCAAGAAGAACAACAGGGACUACGAGCCUUCUAUCUUUCCUCAAAUGGGCCUGUGUGUCUCCUCGGGAUGGCACUCUGAUAGCACAGCUCGUCAGGCUCACGAAUGUAUCCCAAACGCAGAUCAAAGAUUACACAGCCCAAAGGUUCUCAAGUCUAACUGAGGAUCAGUUGGUACAGCGCUUCCAAGAAACUACGGAGCUCAAACACUUACUCGAUAGUGUUGCCUUCGUGGAUGGCACAGGUGUCCCUGGUUUGACGUUCCAGCUCUUGUGCACCUUGGCGACACCGGUACUUCCACCGACUUCUGCCACUGAUUUUGAUAAUGCGGCCAAGUUGAGGCCGUUGCUCCAAUCAACACCGGCCUCACCAAACGGGUCAGACCUGGAGACGAAAGUGAACAGUGGACUACGAGUGAACCAGAGGACUGCGCUGGUUAAUUACCUGCUACAACAUCCAUACAUCUCAGCGAAAGGUAUUACGGAUGCAGAUGGCUUGUUUGAGUUUCUCCUGAUCGAUGUGCAAAUGGGUGCCUGUUUGAAGACCUCCUGCAUUAAACAGGCCAUCUCUACCGUGCAACUCUAUGUUCGAAGAUGUAUCCUGGGCUUGGAGAAGUCUGACCAGGUAGCAAGCAAUACCGUCAACAUGGAUCGCUGGAAGUGGAUGCAGGGAUACAGGUUAUGGGAAGCAAAUCGCAAGGUCUUUCUUUAUCCAGAGAACUGGCUUGACGCUAGUCUACGAGAUGACAAGACAGAGGUCUUCAAGGCCCUUGAAUCCAGCAUCCUGCAGAACGAUCUCGACAAUGACAAGGUCGUUGAUCUGAUCAAGUCCUACGUGUACGGUGUGGAUGGGAUUGCCGAUCUUGAUGUUCAGGCUUAUCUAUGGAAGAAGGUUGAGGAUUGGACUGGCACAUUCCAUUUCUUUGCCCGCACAAGAACCGCGCCUUACAUAUACUACUAUCGACCCCUUGAGAUCAUACCAACACCUUCCGGUAGAAGUAUCAAGAUCUAUUGGCAACCAUGGACCAAGAUUGAUGUUGAAGUCCCUGUUCAUGAGGUAGAUGCCGACGGCAAACCUUUGAAGGAGUCAGGCUCAUAUCUCAUCCCUGCCUUGUACGGAGACCGCAUUUUCGUCUUCUUCCCACAGAUUGCCCUCAAGACAGAGCCCAACGCAGCUGCUACAGACAGACCAAUCAAGGAUGUCGGUAACGAGAAAACUGGCUCGAUGAAGGCUGGGAAGUACUGGCAGGUCCAGAUUGGCUGGACAGAGUACCGCAAUGGAAGAUGGACACCAAAGCAGGUCUCACAAGCUACUCUAGACAUUAGAGGGGCCCAGAGUACGGAUUUCCCCAUGCAGCAGGCAGGUUCUACUGCGCCUGGUAAUGCAUGGAAUGAGGCGAUGAAACUACCUGACGUCUCAUCGUUCAAGUUCUGGAUUCGGUCCAGGAAAAGCGACUCAAUGCCCCCUGCUUCUUCGGGCGCUUUGGCUACUCCCGCACCCAGCAAUGCUCCAGUUCCUAGUACAAGUAUUUUAGUCAUCGAUAUGCGUGGCUCGCAGGUUAUCCUGGUCAACCUCGGAGCAGCUGAUGUUUCACCUGACCCCUUCAAGAAACCCUGGCGAUCAACUAUUCCUACCAAGUUCGCUAAAAUGUGGUGGCAUAUGGAGAAGGACAAAGACCCGGCCAUUCCCGGUAUAGCUAUCGGCAGAGGCACCGGCGCCGACAAGGAGCCGCUGUUGGGUGUUGUUACGAAGCUCAUGGAUAAUAUUCCCAACAAGGAUGUUCACUGGACGCUAUCAUUCAACGAUUCACAAGCCAAGAAUGCCACUGGAUUUGUUCAGGACAUUGUUACCACCGAAAGCACCAUCUCCUACAUUACCUAUCCACCCAUCGCGUCUUCUUCAACCUUUGCGUCCGAUGUCUUCCAGCACACUCUGGACCGAGACCUGGUUUCCAUGUCAACUAUGUACAAUGGGCUCGAUCAAGUCUACGCCUUUCUUGGAAGUGUACCACCGGAUGACACAUAUCUUGCCUUUGGAAAACGCAAUGGUCCUGUCCACGAACUCUCAACCCCAUAUGCCCUUUACAACUGGGCGUUGGGCGCCCAUUCCAUCAUGUUGCUCAUGAAAAGGCUUCAGGUGACACAGCAGUAUGAUCUCGCUCUUCAAGUAGCGCAUUUCGUGUUUGAUCCAACCAUUGAUGGCACCAGCCUCACCAGCUGUUGGGUCUUCCCACCGUUUAAAGAGCUGGCGGCUGGUAAGAUUGACUCCGUGGAAGAUAUCUUGAAGCUUCUUGAGCCAUCAAGUGGUUCAGAGGAGGAUAUGAAGACCAGUAUUCUUGAGUGGCGUAAGAACCCAUUCAAUGCUCAUGUCGUGGCGCGAGGGAGACCUUUAGCCUACAUGAGGCGCAUCAUCAUGAAGUAUGUGGAGAUUCUUAUCGCUAGCGGUGAUGUCUAUUUCCGGCAGAAUACCCUUGAGACUUUACCACUGGCUAUUCAGCGUUACGUUGAAGCAUCUCAUGUCUUCGGGUCAAAGCCUGUACGCGUGCCUAAGCUAGCAAAGCCUGUGUAUAAAUCUUAUGCAGAUCUCGACAAAGACUUUAACGACUUUUCCAACGCUGCCUUCGAUAUGGAAUUAGACUUCCCUUUCUUCAGCGAUCCUGCAUCGCGUGGAGGAGUGACUAUGGCCAGUGGCACUUUUGGUCUAACUGGUAUUCUGAAGACCACGUACUUCUGUGUCCCUUCUAAUCCGAAGCUUGUUGAACUUCGGGAUCUUAUAGAUGACCGUCUUUUCAAGAUUCGCAACUGCCAGGAUAUAUAUGGUGUCGUCCGAAGUUUAGCUCUCUUCGAGCCACCACUGGACCCUGCAAUGCUAGUCCGAGCGACUGCCGGUGGCGUUGACAUUUCCCAGCUGGUGAGCAGUAUAGCAGGCCCCAUGCCAAAUUACCGCUUCCAGUACUUGCUCCAAAAGGCUCAGGAGAUGUGUGCCGAGGUCAAGUCGAUGGGUACCUUGAUGCUGUCUAUCAAGGAGAGGAAGGAUGCUGAAGCACUAGCAAGUCUUCGAGCGCGGCAGGAUAAGGUCAUUCAGAAUCUCAUGAUUGAGAUGAAAAGAACUGCCAAGAAAGAAGCUGAAUCGAGUAUUGAUGCCCUGUUGGAGACGCGCCAGGCUCAGGUUGCAAGACUGGAGUACUACCUUGCUCUGACAGGGAGUGAUGACAAGUCUGCACCAGAUGAGAAUGGGGAUUGGGAAGACAUUGCACAGUCAAUUGAGAAGCCGACCACCGAUGAUCUACGAAUGACGUCUCAUGAAAAGCUUGAGAUGCAAAAGGCUGACGCCGCCUCGGAUCUAAAUCAAAAGGCGACUAUUCUCGACGUUGCAGCUAGUAUCAUCAAGAUUAUACCAGACAUCAACGAGGCAGCUGAGCCUCUUGGGGUUGGUGUAUCUAUUGACUCCAUCACCAAAAACAUCUGCGAGUCUAUGCUGAUCACUUCAAAUGUGAUGCGUGCCCAGGCUCAACACUUUGGCGACGAGGGUGCUCGCGCGUCGCGGACUGGCGGUCUCAUCAAACAGCUCCAAGAGCGGCGCUUGCAAGCCAACAUGGCUGGUCGUGACAUCAAGGAAACUGACAAGCAAAUCUUAACUGCGCGCAUCAGAGUCGAGAUGUGCGAGCGUGAUAUUCAGCUACAAAAGCAACAGGCUGAGUAUGCUCGCGACACGGAGGAAUGGCUGAGGACGAAGUACAGCAGUGAACAGCUCUACGCCUGGAUGGAUGGUGUCGUUCGGAAUCUGUACCACCAGACCUAUCUAAUUGCCGACGAUCUGGCGCAGAAAGCCCAGAAGGCGUUCCAGUUUGAAAAGGGUGAUCAAUCUGUCAACAUUAUCAGUCCAUGCUACUGGGAUGCUGGAAGAGAUGGUUUGUUCUCCGGGGAAAACCUCUUUUUAUCUCUCAAGCGGCUUGAAGCGGCAUACAUUGAACAACGCUUGCACGACUUUGAAAUAGUGAAAAACAUUUCGCUACGUCAGGUCCGACCAUGGGCUCUGAUCAACUUACGUGAAACUGGCACGGCAGAGUUUGACUUGCCAGAGGUCCUUUUCGACUUUGACUUCCCCGGUCACUAUUGUCGCCGCAUCAAGUCCGUCGGAAUGACUAUCCCAUGUAUUGUGGGACCGUACACCAGCGUCAAUGCCACGCUGACACUCCUCGAACACCAAUACCGCGUCAAGUCGGACGCCAAGGGCGCCCAAGACUAUCCCCAAAAAGCGUCGGAUGAACGGUUCCAAACAGACCAGGUGCCGAUCACAUCCAUUGCUGUUAGCCACGGGCAGCAGGACAGUGGUGUCUUCAAUCUUGACUUCAAGGACGAGCGAUACAUACCCUUUGAAGGCGCUGGAGCAGUUAGUAGAUGGAGACUGGAGCUUCCGACUACCAUCAAGCAAUUCGACUACAACACUAUUAGUGACAUUGUCUUGCACAUGAAAUACACAGCUAUUCGAGGCGGUGCUGCCUUUCGCAAAGCUGCGGCUGAAUCUGCGGCUGCGUUCCAGAAGACAGCUGCUGGCCUAUCGCUGAAUGAAGGCAUGUUUGCAGUGUUGGAUCUUCCCAACGAGUUUCCGUCUGAGUGGUACCGGUUAGUCACGGCUGACAAGACCAAACCGUCAACUAUGCCGCUUCUGUCUUUACAAGAUCGUCUUCCAUUCUUCACAAAAGGCAAGAAUAUCAAGGCAGAAAGCGUGUCUGUGCUUAUCGAGUCGUCGGGUAUCAAUCUGGAAGAGGACAUCACCUUGACUGCUUCGAGUCCGCUGAAGCUCAAGGCCGGAACUAGCAAUGGGUCCUACCAAGUUGCUGCCACAUCCCCAGAUAUAAAAGAAACUGUCAAAGAUUGGAGUCUGACCUUAUCAUCAAAAGCCAUGAAUGCAAAUAUUUCUCGAGUUUUGAUUUUAUACAGCUUAUAUAUAAGUCCUUAA